AUGAAGCCAUGCCCAGAAGACGAGACUGCGGCGGCCGCGGGGAACCCCUGGGAGGAGUGUUUCGAGGCGGCAGUGCAGCUGGCGCUCCGGGCGGGACAGAUCAUCAGAAAAGCCCUUACUGAAGAAAAACGUGUCUCUACAAAAACAUCAGCUGCAGACCUUGUGACAGAAACAGAUCAUCUUGUGGAAGAUUUAAUUAUUUCUGAGCUGCGAACACGGUUUCCUUCACACAGGUUCAUUGCGGAAGAGUCUGCUGCUUCUGGUGCAAAAUGUGUGCUCACCACCAGCCCCACCUGGAUCAUUGACCCUAUUGAUGGGACCUGCAACUUUGUGCACAGAUUUCCAACUGUGGCUGUCAGCAUCGGGUUUGCUGUGAACCGAGAGCUGGAAUUUGGAGUGAUCUACCACUGCACUGAGGAGCGGCUCUACACAGGCCAAUGUGGCCGAGGUGCCUUCUGUAAUGGCCAGCGGCUGCGGGCCUCCAAGGAGACAGAUCUCUCAAAGGCCUUAGUUUUAACAGAAAUUGGUCCCAAACGUGACCCUGCCACUCUGAAAUUGUUCCUGAGUAACAUGGAAAGGUUACUCCACGCCAAAGCUCAUGGGGUCCGUGUGAUUGGGAGUUCCACAUUGGCCCUUUGCCACUUGGCUGCAGGUGCUGCAGAUGCCUACUACCAGUUUGGUUUGCACUGCUGGGACCUAGCUGCUGCCACAGUCAUCAUUCGUGAAGCUGGUGGGAUUGUGAUGGAUACAUCGGGUGGGCCUCUUGAUCUCAUGUCUUGCAGAGUGGUUGCUGCAGGCACCCAGGAGAUGGCAGUGCUCAUAGCUCAGGCCUUACAAACUAUUAACUAUGGGCGGGAUGAUGAGAAGUGA